CUUUUUUCGCCACUCAAGUGGAACCGACUGACCGUUAAAACACUCACCAGGUGUUACCAAGUGUCGUCGACUCCUGUGCACCUGUCUUGCUGAAAGGGCCUCCUCUCCAAGACGUCCUCUCCAACAUGCUAGAAGUCACUGCUUUGUUUUACGAGCUCCCAUCUGUCCUGCGUACCUUGGCUGGAGCGUUGACGUUGCCAGUAUGGUAGCCGAUCUGCAGGGAGCCGAGCACCGCUGCCAGGAUGGAGGUCAGGAGUGUGGCUGUCAGAUGGCUCUGCAACAGUGUCGAGUGAAGGAGACAUAAUGCCGAACCACCAGACCUGCUGCUAACCAGUGGCCCGACUGUGAGAAGAGAAAUUCAUUGCCCUGGGCUUCUGUUACAUAUCUCAUCUAUAAUGAGGAUUCCAGUCUCUCCAGAGAAUGGAUGCCACCCUCUGCAGCACUUCAAAACUCACACAAGGUUGUCUGGCUGUUCCCCGCUUCCCAGUACCUGAACACACCGGGGUCCUGUUGUGCACAGAGGAACCACUCACUGGCUUGCCGUCACUGGUGACACACCAGCAGUAACCUGUCAGAGUAUGGCACUGGACCUGCACAGGCAAAAAGAGGAGCUGCUACCUACCACGUUACACCCCCUAACAUGGGGGUGUAAUGUGAAGAUCUCCAUUGAUGAAGACCUGCAUCCUGUGUAGAUAUCAACGGCUCAUUUUCAGUAUUAGCCAACUAUGGUCGACCCCUCGGAGGCUGAGGAGCAGAGCAAGUGUAAAGGCCCACAGGUUGACACGCCAGCUGUGGCCACUGAAGACCCUCGACUGCCAGAACAGGCCGAUGGCACGACAACAGAGGAGGACGGGGAUGCCGGUUUCGAGACGCCCCCCACCGGCAGUUCUGAGCCGAGUCCCUGCCACACUGCAACCCCGGGCCCAGACACCGCCUCUCAGGGGGUCCCACCUGAGCAACCACAGACUCAGACUGAUACGUCGCCAAAAUUGCACCUGGACCUGUACAACUUUGACUCACCAGCUGCAGAGGGCAGCCGCUACGUGUUAACAAGCCCUCACUCUCUGGAGGCGUGUGCUCGAUGUGGGGUCAAACCAGUGGAACUCCUGCCCCGCCCGCUGGCUGACUUCGCCCGGGAGGCUCCUGGUCGCUCCAUGCGUGUUGCGACAGGCCUGUUUGAAGUCUACGAGAGGGACAGACACGCGAAACUGAGGCAGUGCAGGGAGGAGAGGGAGAGGAUAGUCAGAGAGGAGAAAAGGAGGAUUCUGCAGGCGACAGUCAAUACCAGCAGCAGUGCGUCAGCCUCCUCUGUGGAGCAGCAGCACAAAGCGUCCUCUGGCUCCGCUCAGCCUCCUAAAUCUGGGCCGGUGACCUCCAGCUCAGCACCUGAUUUUGGAGCAUCUUCUAGAGCUGCAGCAUCAGGUCCAACCUCUAAAACAGGUACAUCUAUUUUAUCUAAAGCUCCGACCACGAGCACCUCGCCUAAAACUGCCCAUGCAGCAUCUACUCCGUCCUCAAGAACUGGUUCUACAACAUCUACACCGUCUCCCAGGGGUGGUUUCCAAGGAAAGCAUGUUCUGUCCUCUUCAUCUGAACAAGUGAAAACUACACGGCCGCUCUCCUCCGGCCCUCCACCAGUAAUCAGGAAGUCAUCAGGCGGUAAAUCCUCAAACACUUUCCCCAGAUCGACACCCAAACCCCCCGCCUUCCCCAGAGCCAACUCCACAUUAACAUCAUCAGUGACAAAGCCUGCAGUUCAGAGCCCCGGGACGCCUCUGAACGGCAUAACAGGAACACCAUUCUCUCAGCACAAUGGACAUCUUGGCUUUCACUCCAAGGUGCGAGGAAAAAGCCAUUCAUUGGAGUCCUUACAGCGGAGGAUGGAUCCGGUCUGCUCCUCCACCUCCACCACCACGACUACUACUACGUGCACCUCAUCAGAGUCAGGUGCUUCAUCUUCUUACAGCUGGGACGGUCCGCGAGAUCACUGGGCUAAAGUCUCCAGUCCUCGAGCUCGCACUAUGGCCACUUUCAACUCCCUGAUGGGCCGCAGCCUCAGCCUCGGCGACCUGAGUCACUCUAUUCAGACAACACAGAAGGUGGAGCGCAUAGUGAAGGAGGUGAAGCGUCGAGGCCUGAAGGCUGUGUCUGAGCGCGACCGCAAGAUUGCAGCUCUGAUGCUUGCCAGAUACCAGGAGGAAGACAUCAUGAGUCAGACCCGUUACGUGGCUCACCUUCAGUGGGAUAGUGAACGCAGAAUGGAGGAGCUACGCCGAGAGCAGGAGGAGAGAGAGAAGCAGCGUGCCAUGCUUCAGUGCCAGCGGGUGUGGCAGACCCAGGUAUCGAUUCGCCAGCGUAGACUCAGCCAGCAGGAGCGACAGUCAGCAGCUGCCAAAAUGAGACAGGCUGAGGAGAGUGAGGAGCGAUGGAGGGAGCUCGCAGAGCAGCAGGAACGCAACCGUCUGCUGAGGUUACAGCAGGCAGCACGAGAGGAGAAACAUAAGAAAGCUCUGCAGGAGCAGAACCUGAAGGCCCUGGAGGAGGAGAGGGCAGCCAUACUGGAGCAGGAGAGGCUGCUGCUGAAAGAGAAGCUCACUAUGGCUGAGCUGAAGAGGCAAGAGAGGGAGCAUCAGGCCCAGGAAGAUAGACGAGGUCUGAACAAAGCAGAGAAGAGACGUCACGCCGCCCUCAUACAGGAGAUCGCCCGCAGAGAGCAGGAGGAGAGGGAGGAGGCCAGGAGGGCAGCAGAGGAGAAGCUCAGCCGUUCUCUGGAGAAUUAUGAACAGAUUGUUGAGCGUCGAGGGCAAGAGCUGAAAGAAAAGGCCAAGCGUGAGGAGCAGCAGAUCCUGAAAGCACGCAAGGCAGCAGAGAAGCGUGAGAGACAGCAGCAGCAACUUCUUGAAGCUCGUGUGAAGGAGGCGGAAAAACGAGCCCAGCAGGCAGCUGUAGUGGCCGAGGAGAGGGCCAAAGAAAAAGCUCAGCGGGCCGUCCAGAGCCGACUGGAGAAGGAGAAACUCCAAAAGCUCAACAGGCAGCGAGUUGAGGAGGAGGAGAGGCAGAGGCGUCUGGAGCUGCUGCAGUCCAUUGAAAGGAAGCUGGAGAAGAGCGAGCAGAUCUUUAAAGAGAAGAGGGCAGUGCUGGAGAGCGCUCGCUCUGUGGCCCGAGCCUCUUUUCAUGUACGAGACAAAGUGCGAGAGGAGACCAACAUGCGUACGUUUGAUAAAAUGGCUCUUGAAGCUCAACUCAAAGCCAGUCUAGAUGAGAAAUAAAUUCCUGGUUUUGUUGUGGACCCCUCACUUCUGGUCAUGUGCUCGGCUCUCGCCUUCAUUAUGGCCCUCAUCACUCAACAGCUUUUUCCUAUUAAAACCCAGCGUGUUAUUUUUCCUUACAUAUCAUAACCAUCAGCUGGUUUGAUUAGAUUUUUGACCAUCUGUUUUUUUAUUAUACCUAUCAAAGCAAACCAAAUCAUUUUUUAUCAUGGAUGCAACGAGACUAUGAACUUUAUCAGCUGUUGUAGUUUAACAGUAAAGCCUGUGUGGAACGUACAGUGGACUUCAUAUU